UUCAUGUGACUACUCAAGAACCCCUUUUGGAAAACGCCCCUACACCACUACUACUACCUCAAAAAACGCCCAAAACCCCAACACAAAGAACCAUGAGAAAGGCAUUCAAAGGCACAUCACAUCUGGCCAAGCUUCUCCCAACAGGAACAGUGCUAAUAUUCCAAACCCUAUCACCACUUUUCACACACCAAGGCCAAUGCCAAACCCUAACAAGCAAAACCAUGACCACAUGUCUCUUAACCCUUUGCAGCAUCUCGUGUUUUCUUCUGUCCUUCACUGACAGCUUCAGGGAUGAGAGGGGAAAAGUGAGAUAUGGGGUGGCCUCAUUGAAAGGUUUGUGGGUUUUGGAUGCUUCAAUUAGGGUUCCUGUUGAUGAGGCUGAGAAGUAUAGGCUGAGGUUCAUUGAUUUCUUCCAUGCUUUCAUGUCGAUCUUGGUUUUCUUGGCGGUCGCGCUCUUAGAUGGAAGUGUUGUUAGCUGUUUUUUUCCUAAGCCUUCUGAGGAGGCCAAGGAGCUUCUUGUGACUUUGCCUAUUGGGAUUGGAAUUGUUUGCAGCGUUUUGUUUGUUGCAUUCCCUAGCCAAAGACAUGGGAUUGGCUUCCCUCUCUCACGUAAUUAGUUUCAUUGAUCUAUCUUGUUCAUUUUUUUCUUCUUCUAUGGCAUGCUUUGUGUAAUUCUAAUAGAAAGCCUAGGAAUUUUUAUUUUUUUUUUCAUUUUUUGCAACCAAGUGCUGAAAGA